AGUCAUCUUCGAAUGGUACAGUUCGUUUCUUUUGAGCAUGAAAUGACCUUCCGACGGUCCGUCCCGUCUCGCCUGGCGCGGAUGGAGCUGGUCGAACGUCGCGGAGCCUCUCGGGUGUCCUCCGCUCGGUAUCAGUGUGGCCCAUCACGCGCUGGCUGCGCCGCCCGCUGCGGCUGUCGCCUGGAGCCGAGACGCGCCGGGCGGCGGACAGCCGCGGCGCCAUUCAGCUCGCUCCAGUCACUCCAGUCAGUCACUCCAGUCACUCCCUCGGCCCGGCCGGGAGAGGAAGCCCGCCACCGCCAGCGGCUCCCCGACUGACGAGCACGCGACGACCUCCCUCGAGUGCCGACACCGUUAGGGGCGCGACCGACGCUCAGCGAUGAAGUCUGUUCCGGCCCUCUGCUGGGUCCUGCUGGCUGGCCUGUGUUCAGCGAACGCGGUUCAACUCCAUCACUCCAUCAUCCUCGACCCCGAUGUCGUCGUUCACUGGACACCGGACAACGACACCAAUACUAUCACCAUUCAGUUGGAGGCCCGAACCAGGGGCUGGGCGGCCGUCGGCUUCUCACCGGCCGGUGGUAUGACCGGAGCGGACAUCGUCCUGGCCUGGGUGGCCGACGGACGCGCCCAUCUGCAGGACAUGCACGCCGUGUCAAACAGCGCUCCGAUCCUUGACAAGAGCAAUAACGUGAAGCUUCUGGACGGCUACGAGAACUCGACGCACACGGUGGUGACGUUCCAGCGGCCCCUGCGCUCGUGCGAUAAGGAACACGACCUUGACCUGGGGGUGGACACAACUCGUUUAAUCUGGGCGCUGCACCCGUCCGACCCGGGCGCUGGCGGGCCGACCUACCACGGCUCGCGGCGCGGUGUGCGCAGCGUCAGUCUGGACGGCUCUGGCACCUUCGAGUUUCCCACCGACUCGGAGUCGUUUGUGAUCCGCAACACGGACACAGAGGUGCUCGAGGAGAGCACGCACUACCACUGCGAGAUCCACAAGAUGCCCGACCUCGGCGGAAAGGUCCACUACACGGGGUACCGUGUUCGUCUGGACCCGGCCACCGCCAGAUAUGUGCACCACAUUGUGAUGUACUCCUGCGCACUGCCGCCCAGCGCUCAUGGCGUCUUCGAGAACUACGUCCGGAGCCACCCCGGCUCAAAGUGCUACAGUAAGAACAUGCCGCCCAGCUGGACACUGUGCCAGUCGGUGUUUAUUGUGUGGGCGGUCGGUGCCGAGGGCGACAUGCUUCCCGACGACGUCGGCAUGCCACUGGGAACCGAGUUUGGCGGAUCGACCUACUUCAUGCUGGAGACGCACUACGACAACCCGCAGGUGCACAAAGGUGUGAGGGACAGCAGCGGCCUGGAGGUGUUCUACACGCGCGCGCUGCGUCCAGUGGAGGCCGCCGUCGUGACCGCCGGCCACAUGGUCUCCUCUACUCAGAUCAUCCCUCCGGGAAUCUCAGACUUCGUCAGCGGCAGUGUGUGCCCGCAGGACUGCACGGAAAAGUACCUGCCCGAGGAGGGAGUGCAGAUUCACUCAGUGAUGCUGCACGGCCACCUGGCUGCCAGGGCGAUCCGCGUGCGACACGUCCGCAAAGGAAGGGAGCUGCCGCCGCUCAUCGUCGACCGGUUCUACGACUUCAACUACCAGCAGAGUCGCCGCGUGGACCAGUCGGUGCGAGUCCUCCCCGGCGACGCGCUGCUGGUCGAGUGCGACUACGAGACCAAGGACCGUGACAAAGUCACCAUGGGCGGGUUCAGCACGAAGAACGAGAUGUGCCUGGCGUUCAUCACCUACUUCCCACGCACCCCACUGGCCAACUGCGGCAGCAAACCACACGUCGGCGACUUCCUGCAGGCGAUGGAGGUGCCCCUUGUCCAGCUCGGCAACUACACUCUGCCCCCCAUCACCGGUGCCGAAUAUUGGACCGAUGCAGGCUUCAAACUGCAGGCGCACAUCAUUGAAGCAGUUCUGAACGGCUCCAUCACCGAAGAAGGCGACAGGGAAAAUAACAAAAGGCGUGGUGGUGGUCGUGACGACUGGUUCAACAAGGCCGAACUCAGCGCCCUCAGGGUGUACAAGGACCAAGACACUGCUACGGUCACGCUCUACGAGUACCUGACGCAGCUGGACUGGAGCCAAGAGUCCAUCCAACAUCUGCAGAGGUUGUCCAACGGCGGCCGCGUCUACCACCGGUGUGCCACCGACGCGCGCCACCAGACCAAGAACUACAAGGAUAUCUUCUCCGGACCUCACGCAUAUCCCGAGUUCGAGCCGUGGACCGAUAGCGGAAACACUGAGUGCCUCCAGUCCGGGUACUCUGGUGCCGUUCGCGGAAGUCUGGAUGGUGCCAUGGCCGUGCUCUUGGCGUCUGUUAUUGGACUGUUGCUGCGGGCAGUCUGACCUCCGACCCGAGAGGUCUGACACACAGGGAUGAUGCGGCAGACGGGAGAGUCCGACCAGCCCUGGCAAGCGAUACAAUCAUUGACUGUGGCCUUCAUUGCGUGGCCUUUAUUCGCAUUUUGAUCUGACCUUGUCGAUACACACAUAGACGUAUUGUAAUUUCGUUAGGUAUGUCGGUAUUUGGAAUAACUUAACGGAGGAGGCAUCAUCAUAUUUACUCGUAACACCCAGCAUAGCAUUGAUGGUACAUGUCUGAGGGGUGUUGUAUGAUACAUUCCUGUCUUGAUGCACAUUGCACAUUGACACUGUACAGUGUAUGGUGUAAGGUGUGCAGACUGCAGAAAUGCCUGAUUAUUUUACUAAGAGCUGCCUUGAAGGUCGCGCCAUUUACAAAUAUAUUUACGUUACACUUAUGCAAUAAAUGAAACACCCAUGCAGUAAUACGGACCUAAUCGAAUCGAUUCUCGCUCAGCCCUUUCUUUUGCAUUCCGUCUGUUUGCGAUCUGUCCAACUGUUUCCUGAGCGUAAGAAGAGAAUGAACUUUUCAACUGUGCUAGAUGUAAGCGAUGAGCGAUGUACUUAACUACUUAAUACUUCUACGUUGUACGGUAGAUCUAUCUAGGUAGGCACGUUCAUGUGCCUUCGCCAUUUCUGAAUAAAGUGUAACGAACAUGGAGAAA